AUGUUCCACCUCUUCGAAAAAGGAAGGCGGUCACAGCCAUCUGCCAUCAAGCCAUCUCGCAAUUUCAAUGAGAUUUCCGGCAAAGGAACAGUUAGUGAAAGGCAAUGUUUUAUCGGAAAUCGUUUCAUGGUUUCUCGCUUCAAAUUUGGCGACACUAGCCUGGAGGAUAAGCCAGGAAAAGUACGACCACUGGAUUUCGACGACCAGGCAGUGCACAUGGCUGCAAACUGCACACCUACUGCGAAACUCUACUUAGUCCUGAAGCGAGUCUAA